AUGGCGGCUUCUUUUGUGCCGCGUCAGGCGUUUCCCAAUUAUGCAUCUAUCCCACGGUCCUACUUCCUUGGUCACCACCGCGCUGGACUGAACAAAAUGCGAAAUAUGCUAUCUUCAAUUGACUAUGUGAUUGAGUGCAGAGACACCCGCGUCCCUUUCACAUCAGUGAAUCCCAUGUUUGAGGAAGCACUGGGGAAGACCAGACGGCUGAUCGUAUACACGAAGAGAGACCUUGGGUCUGAAGCGGGUUCGCGGGAGCAGAAGAGUCUCGAGAAGCAAAUCCGGAGUUUUAAUCGCGGUACACCCGUUUUCUUCGUCAGUCCACAUCAUCUAGACCCCCGAUCAAAGUCUCGAACAAAUAACCGCCCGGAUGUGAACACGAUCCUAACGCAUCUGCGCGAAGACGCCCAAGGGCCCGACAGGCUCGUUGGCUGUCGCGUUAUGGUUGUCGGGAUGCCGAACGUCGGGAAGUCAACAUUAAUCAAUAACCUGCGCAAUCGCGGCGUGGGAAAGGCGAAAGCCGUGCACACGGGGGACCAACCGGGCAUCACGCGGAAAAUCGGAACGCCUGUAAAAAUCAUAGAGCGAGACAAUGGCGCCCAUGUUUAUGUGCUGGAUACACCCGGCGUGUUUAUGCCCUAUGUGCCUGACGCGGAGAAUAUGUUGAAGCUGGCCCUUUGCGGCUGCGUUAAAGAUUCGGUAAUCUCUCCGGUCACAUUAGCGGACUACUUGCUCUACCAUAUUAACCUGCACGAUCCCACUGUAUAUCAGCGCUGGUCCCUACCGACGAAUGAGGUUCACCCGCUUUUGGAUAGUUUUGCCCGCAGUACGGGUUUGCUUGCCAAGGGUGGUAUACCGAAUAUGGACCUUGCUGCUUUACAUUUCAUCCAAAAGUGGCGCGGUGGCGGGCUCGGUAGGUUCAUAUUAGACGACCUGCAGGAAGAGCGACGUCGUCGGGAGUCAAGCGACGAGGACAAAGCCAGUAUCAGUAUAACGCAAGCCCUGAAAGCAGAGAAAUCAGCGAGGCGACAGCAGGCAACAGACCCCUCAGUUAGACAAAAAUAG